AUGAUACCCGGAGGAGCAGUGAAUAACACUCCCCGCUCUUGUGUACCUGGUUUCGGGUCAUUUGUGUGCUCUCUCAAGAUGCACUGCGGCGCUCGUUCACCUUAUUCCUUCUGUCCAUUGAAAUCCGCUGCGUCUUAUCCACCAUUUAAAUACAAUACUGAUUCAAUAGCAAGGGCUGUUAUUGUUUAA